UUUACCGCUAUACGACUUUAUAUGCGUUUUUUGUUAUCAAAAUCAAAAACGAAGUUUUUGGAACGCAUUCCUGUUGGAACGUUCCACAAAUUAUACCCACCUCGUUCCACAAAAUAUACCCGCCCACAAACAGACAGACAAUGUAUUUUUGAAUUAACCUUAAUCUGAGUACCCUAUUGAAAUGGAAAAUGAUCAACUCCGUUCUCUGGAUAUUACUCUUGCUCGAAAGUGAUCUGAUUGAUGCUGUAAAUGUGUCGGGAAAAGAGGGAAUGAAAGUAACUUUACCGACUGGACUUAAUGACCUACCUAGUGGCACUAUUAUGGCAUGGUCUUUCCCGUUGAGUGGUUCAGAUUCAUUUGAUAACAUAGCGCUGCUGAAUGCUGGUGUGAUUACAACGGACUACAGUAGGAAGUUCAAAGACAGACUGAAGCUGGAUACUCAGACUGGAUCUCUCACCAUCAGAAACCUCAGCAUCAGCGACUCUGGACUUUAUAAAAUACUUAUCAUCAAUACACAGAGUUCAUCUCAGAUUGCAAAUCUAACUGUCUAUGCCUCAGUGUCUGCUCCUCACAUCAGUCACUCAGUGGACAGUCCAUUUGAAAAAGUGAGCUGUUCCUUGAUGUGCACUGUGAAGAACGGGAGAGAGGCGAUCUUGUCCUGGUACAGAGGAGGGGAGAUACUCAACCAGACCAGCAGCCCUGAUCUUCUAGCCAAUCUCUCUCUCCCUCUGGAGUUAAACAAAAGAAACAUUGACACCUACAGAUGUGAGGCUUCCAACCCUGCUGACUCAAAACCAACUCCACUCAACUUUCAAACGCUCUGCCCUCAAUUGUCCUCACGCUCUGCCCUCAAAGGGUCUGGUCGCAAUCCUGUCCCAAUCGCACUGGUCACAUUGUUAGCAGUUGGGAUAAUAAGUGGUGGUAUAUUCUGGGCAGUUAAAAUCAUCAAAUGUGGAGCCUGCAAGCAAAGAGAAGAAGAAGGAUCCUGAUGUGAACUUUCAGAGAUUGAUCUGUUGGGAGCUGUGAAUGCUGAAGUCAAUACAUUGACAAGGAGAGAGAGGCAGUCUGUCACUCUACACACUGGACUAACUGGACUACAGGCUGAUAAGAUAUUUUGGUAUCUUUGGUCCAGUCAUUCCAAACACCUCAAUAGUUGAGAGUCAGGUCAUCAGAGGAGAGAACAUCACAGAAUUCAAAGGAAGAUUCCCAGACAGACUGCAGCUGGACAGAGAAACUGGAUCUCUCAGCAUCAGAAAUCUCACCCUCAACAACUCUGGAGUUUAUCAGCUAGACAUUUUCAAUACACACAACACAUCUCAGAGAUUCUAUCUAACUGUCUAUGGUGAGUAUUGGUUUUUAUAUAUAACAGGGUUUCAAGUGGGACCCAAUGCCCAUACCUUACAGUAAUAGGUGUGACACAAAACAUUACACAGUGCCUAUAAUAUUCACCCCCAGUGGACUUUUUCACAUUUUGUUGUGUUACAAAGUGGGGUUGACAUGGAUUUAGACCAAUAGGGUUGUUUUGUCAUUCAUCUACACAAAAUACUCCAUAAUGUCAAAGUGAAAAGAAAACUCUAUAAAAAAAUGUUAAACCCCUUUGUUAGAACAAGCCUAAAAUAGUUCAGGAUUAAGAUUGGCCUAACAAAUCACAUACUCUGUGUGAAAUAAUACAAUAAUAUGAUGUUUGAAUGACUACACCUUCCUGUGUACCUGAUAGCUACAUACAACAUCUGAAGGUCCCUCCGUUAAGUAGUGAAUUUGAAGCACAGAUUCAACCACACAGACCAGAGAAAUGUUCAAUACCUCAUCCAGGCUGUAUCACAACCAGUCGUGAUUAGGAGUACCAAAAGGGCUGCGCACAAUUGGCGCAGCGUCGUCAGGGUAUGGCUGGUGUAGGCUGUCAUUGUAAAUAAGAAUUUGUUCUUAACUGAUUUGCCUAGUAAAUUGAAGGUAAUUUAAAAAAUAAUAAUAAUUCAAUCCAUCCCAUUUUGUAGCACAAUAAAAUACUUAUUAUAGGCACUAUAUUAUUAUUAUUAUAAUACAUAAUAAUAAUAAUUAUUAUUAUAUAAUAGGCUAUAUUAUAAUGCUAGCCAUGUUGUUGCAGUUUUUUAAAAUCACUUUGGCACAUUUUUCAGAUGUAAGGUAUAUUUUCAAAACUCUUGGUACAACACUUGUAAUAUGUUCAGAACCUUUGAAUUAGGAAUAAAUUAACAUGAACAUUGGAUUUAGUCACCAAUACUGUAUAUCAGAGAAUGAUACAGGCUCACAAAUUAGUAAUUUUAUUGUAACAUUUAAUCUAAUAGCACAAAAUACAUUAUACAAUUUUCAAAACUGAUAUUUUUGAAGUGCUGAAUAGAAUUAAAAAUAGAGGAUAAAUAACAUUUCCCAUUUCAUUUCCCAGACCAUCAAAUUUUGGAGCAUGUUGAGAUUUUUGGGGGACUUACAGAAACAGUUUCCUUAGAGUACAAACGAAGAAGAAAUCGUGAAAUAUAUUAUUAUUGUGGCAUGAAUUGUAAAACAGAAGCCUACAGUAAAAGGAAUUGAUGUGGUGUACUGUAUGCCAUUUCUGCCCCAAGCAACAUUGCUCAAUAUAAACUUUUGUAACUUGUCACUGUAACUGCUACAGUAUCAUCAGCUAAAAUUAUAAUCUUAUAGUGUAUCAAUUAAAUUCUGGUAUUUACAACACCAUUGUAGCGAUUGUUAUUAUGUCCUCAGUCACCGAAUCUAAAGCCGUAUUAUAAAUAGGCCUAACCAGACAUUUAGAAUUGAAACCGUUUAUGCGAAUCACAUGUAUGUUCUUGUAAUAAUGUGGGGUUAGCCAUGUUAUUCGAUGUCUUGUUUUUUGAUCACCUGUCAGAUAAAAAUAACCAUGUUUAGAGUUUGUGGUCGAAUGCAGACAAUUGGAUUGUGCGCGCAAACCCUCAUGUUGUGCUUUGCUCCGUAGCCUAAAAUGCUCUGUCUAAUCAUGUAUUUAGCCUAGGCAUACUUAUCGAAACUUACAACUAUAAUGUGAUCAUAUAUAACAAUUAAAACGUGGAGGUUUAUCAAAACUAAUAUUAAACGAUUCCCUUGUUUAUUGUUCAUUUCCUGGUACGAGUUUUGACUGUCAAUCAGUGGGUGCAUUCCAGCUCAUAGUUUAUUCAGUGUAGCCUACGGGUAUAAUGGCAACAGUUUAUGCCAGAGGAGGCAGGAGCUGUAUGUUAUUUUUGUUUGUAUGUUGUGUUCAGUCAACGGCAUAAUUCUUCACUUUCUAAAUUAAAAGCCUCAGUCUGGCAAGAAAAACUAGAUCCGCAUUGUUGCCUCCUACCACUGUGCCAACGUCACACCAAGUUUUGCUUUGUGACUAGCACAUACUUUGAAUAUGAAUGCAAAUUGAAAGAGUGAUUUUGUGCAGUGAACAAGUGACUGUUUGUUGCACUCAGUCAAUUGAGAAUGUGCUUAGUUUUGAAUUGAGCAGUUUUGAUCUGUUUAGAAGUUGUGAAAAUGGACCAAAGUGAUAAAUAAAAAACUGAAUGUGCUCACCACAAUUUUGUUACUAGUGAGAGUUGUCCUCCUACCCAGAGGACCAAUAUUAAUGACAUGAAUCUGUGUUAAAUCAUUGUUUGAAUUUUAAUAUCCCAGCUCCAGUACCACUUCCUCAAC